GCCACGUGGUUUCGGGUGCCAGAUCGGAGGUUGUUUUUACCUCUGCCUCGCACGGGCGACUACUGUAUGCGAACUACAGUACUCGUGUUAAGAGUAGUUUUAUAUUUGAGUUAUUACCUUCAUAUUGCAAUAAGAUAACAACAUUGACCACAGGCACGGACACCUUGGAGGGGCCCAUUGUAUCCGGACGAUCGGCGCAACGAGAGAGAGAGGGAGCGAGAAUUGUCCGGCUCGUGAGUUUGGACCCCCCGGCAGUCUCCGCUACGCCAUGUCUGCUCAGGAGGACGAGCCGAGUGGCCGUGGCGGUCGCGGUGGUCGUCCAGAAACCCGAGGAGAGAAGAUUCCUGCACCGCAUGCGGGGCGUAAGCGAGACCCGUUCCCUUGCUCCGAGAGGUCGGGUGGCGGCGGCGGCGGCGGCGAUGCGAAUGAUCGUUCAAGCGACCCGACUUUGCAGAGCGCCGACAGCAGUAGAGACCCGAUCAUACGUCAAGCCCGGGACCUUUUAAUCAAGUUCAUCGUCGACCGGGCGCUGACGGAGAAUGGGCCGGAGGUGGCGGCGGCGCUGACCGCCGAGUGUCGGGACGUGGGCGCCGAGCCCCUGGAGGACCGGCGCGUCGUCGAGGUGGCCAACUGCCUCAAGAAGAUCGCCGACGACCUCGAGAACAACGUUCAGCUGCAGCGACUCAUACAGAACAUCCCCGUCAAUUCUCCCAAGGACUACCUGUUCGGCGUCGCCUGCAAACUCUUCGAUGACGGGAUUUUCAACUGGGGCCGCGUGGCCACCCUCUUUUACUUUGCAUACAAGCUGGUGAUCCGGGCUUACACCAGCUGUGUGCCUGAUUACGUGAAGACUCUACUGGGAUGGAUGCUUGAGCUUAUUAAGCUGUACAUUGUUCCCUGGAUUAAACAGCAGGGGGGAUGGGAGGCGGUGAUCGUGUACGUGCGAUGGGCCGCGUGCCAGUCCCGGGUCGUCAAGGUGGCCAGCCUGCUCAUGAGCGCCUUCCUCGUUUACCGACAGCUCAGGAAAGCCUAGGAGGUGCCGCCACCACCGCCGCCACCGCCGCCGCGGGUGCCAAGCAGAGGGCCCCAGAGUGUCAACACUCCGCAGGGAACUCCUCCCGCUCAAAAAAAAACAAGCUCUCGUUCAAAAACACAAGCUCUCGUUGAGGGCGGAAAUCCUGCUUGUGAGCGUUGUUGGUGGCGGAAAUUCCACGUUGCCAUGGCGAGCGGCAGCUGUCUCGGCGCGCGACGGCCGCUGCGGGGUGAAUCCAUGCUGGACUGGAUGCUGAAUUGCCAGAAAUGAACUGUGACGUGUUUUUUUCCUUACAUUUAAAAACAAAAAUAUUUCACCAGGAAUACUGCUUGAGAUGGAACAUUUUGUUUGCAAAGGUGCGAUUCAACCGAGACGGGGUGACACGGGUGGUGCUUGUCAAACGCCCCGUUUUCCUGGGUUUUUUUGUAACUGAGGCGCCUGCCACUCGUAAACGUCCACCAGUGUCGCUCGUCGCGGCAGUAACCUUGUCCGUGGAAGGUGACUUGCACCGUGCGCACGGAGAGAAGAACACGUGGCUUGUCGUGGAAAAAGGUUGACAACUGACAAAACCUCAUUGUCUCGAGAGUAGUAGUAGGCUUUUCUUGAGAGGAGAUGGAUUAAAAAAGUUAAUUAGUUAAUUUUGCAACAUUGUGGUAAAAUUCUACGAUAAAUUAACACCUUAAGGUUUGGCAGUGGAAAUCUCACGAUUCAUUAUUUUCAGAUUUUAUUAAAAGAAAAUGAAAAAAAA